AUGACCAAGGCGGCGCCCAUGGAGGAGGACUGGGCGCGCGACAGCUCCGACGACGAUGGCGACCCGUCGAUGCCCGCGUUCCGGCUCCACGCGGUGACCGAGGCGCUCCUGGCGGACCUCGACCCCACGGCCACGGCGACGCAGGAGGACGGACGCUCCGUCGACCGGCGGAGGCGGGAGUUUGGGCGUCGGCGCGGAAAGCUUCCGCAAGAGGGCCCGGCGGCCGCGACCGGUAGCACACCGCUCGUUGGAGGCGACUCGGUCGCGUUGGGGCCCGGGUUUGCGGCGAUGGCGAGGCCGCCGAGGAGGCCGCGGGGACGAGUCAGCCUCGACGUGCAGGAUUAUUUGGACCAGAGGGAGCAGGAUGAAGAGAAUCGCGGUGAGAAUGAGAGGCCGCGCCUUGAGCUCGAGGUGGAGGCAAUUCCGCGCGCUCACAACGACGGUGAGCACAACAAUGGCAUGAGGUCGCUUGAAUGCGGCGGUGGCCAACAGAGACCCGCAGGAGAACUGGGCUCCUUGAAUACAUCUAUACCGGAGCGACCAAUGCGCAGAGUUGUCAUCUCGCGCUCAAGGCGGGCUGGGGGGUCGCCCAAAACCUCAUCAACACCCCCUCAGUCGCAGCGGCCCGGCACGGUGGCGGCCGUGGUGACGACACCCGAGAAGCAGCCGGUCCCGGCAACCACCACCAGACACCGACGGAUUAUUAUCCGCGGCGUCUCGUACCGGAUCCUGCGCAAGCUGGGCCGGGGCGGCAGCGGGCGCGUCUACGAGGUCAUGGCGCCGGAUACGCGGACGUGGGCGUUCAAGGCAAUCCCGCUGGCCGCGCUGGACGACGUCGCGAAGCGCCAGAUCCAGAACGAGGUGGCGCUGCUUCAGAGUCUGCGAUCGACGGACAGGGUGGCCGCUCUUCACGACUGGUGCGUGGACGAGGCCAAGAAUGCCGUUCACAUAAUCAUGGAAUUAGGCCAGAUUGACCUGGAACACGUCAUCAGGGACCACCUCGAGCGCGAGCCGCGGCUCGACCCCGUCUUUGUCGGGCACUACUGGCGCGAGACGCUGCGGUGCGUGGCGGCGCUGCACGCGCACGGCAUCGUGCACGCGGACAUCAAGCCGGCCAACUUUGUGUCGAUGGGCGGGGUCCUCAAGAUCGUCGACUUUGGCGUGGCGCACGGCCUGCCGGACGACACGGCGCACCUGUACCUGGAGAACCCGGCGGGCACGCCCAGCUACAUGGCGCCGGAGACGCUGCGGGCCCUGCGCGAGCAGCGGCAGCAAGCCUCCCCCACCCGGCAAAGAUGCGACCGCGUGGUGCGCUUCGGGACGCCGGCCGACGUGUGGAGCCUGGGCUGCGUGCUGCACCUGAUGGUCUACGGGGCGUCGCCGUUCGCGCACGUGCGAGGCCUGGCGGCGCGGGUGCUGGCGAUCGCGGACGACGGCGGGGUGCCGGUGGAGGCAGGGGGGCAAGGGCUCGGCGGGGUGCCGGUGCCGGAGGCGCUGAGGCGGACGGUAGAGGCGUGCUUAGACAGGGACCCGGGGCGGAGGCCGACGGCGGCGGGGCUGCUGGCGGGCCGCGCGGACGGGAUGGUAGCAACGGAGGCGGCCGCGCGUAGUGACGACGAUGGUGGUAGCGUGAUGGGGAGGGAUAGGGUGAAUGUGGUGGGCAGGGCGAUUGGCGACGUGCUGGAGGGUAUGGCGACGAGGCCGGUGCCGAGGACGGUGCUGGACACGUGGGUGAGGGAGGCGCUGGACGAGGUUGGGCUGUCUUGA